AUGGGGGCCUUCCAGCUGCAGCCUUCCUCUCGAAGCUUGUGGUUUUCAGGUGUGUUCACUUCAUUCGCUUCCCAGCCCCGCCCCCAGGAACGCAGACGUGCGCAGGUGCGCUGCGCUCCGCAGGGCAGGCGCUCGCGUGGGAGCGUGGAGAGGGGCGCGUGUGUGUGGGGGGGUUAUCCUGUCUCAAAGCAGGCCCAAGGGACCUCGACAUCUUCUAACGCAGCUCUGGCGCUGACCAAGGAGAAACCCAGCCCGCACCUCCUCCGGGCAGGACUCCACAGCCUCCUCUGGGCUCGCCGAAAACCCUGUCCUUGCCUCAACAGUGAGCUCCUCAUGGCAGAAGACCUCCCAGCCCAGACUGUGAACACCUGGAUGUGGGGGCAAGGAGCCCUCACCAUUGUCCCCUGGGACUUAAUCCUGCACGUGACGGGCCAUCAGUACCCAGCACGGAAGAUGAUGAAACCAAGGGUCAGAGAGGCAAAGACGCUUUCCCAAGAUCUCACGACCAGAUGCAGCCGCUCGCACGAAAGCAUGGCCACAGACCCUGCCCUCCUGCAGAGCCUCAGACACGAGGCAGGGGCCACCCAGAUGCGCACAGAACUCACCCACACUUUGGAGCACACGUGCUCAGGCUGA